AUUUACGUAAAUAUGGCUCCGUAAAAAACGCAGUGAAAUUUACGAAGUACAAACGUAAACUUUUAACGUUAUACGUUAUACGUUAUACGUAGAAAAGAGCUGUAGUCUGAACGAUACUUUACGACGUGGUUGGAACUGACAACUGAGAAGGAAAGGCGCCCAAAAGCACAUUUUCUUACGCGCUCUAACGAAACGGGAAAGACUGUGCGGAACAAUCGUUGAGUGAAAUUUGAAAAGCGUCUGCUAGACAAUAGAAUUUACAUCUCGCCUGGAGUUUCAGUUUAGCUGGCUGUUUUUUCACAGGCAGACUUUAACCGCAGUCGACAACAUUCUAUCUUUUCAUUUAAAUUUAACCUUUAGGUGGCAUUUUCGUGCAACAUGACGUCCCUGCUUGGUUCCAUGAUUUCUACCCUUGGUAUGGCUCUAAGAUAUCGGCCUCUGAUUGGAGUUUCUAGUCAAGUUUCUAAAGCAAAUGCUUUGUUCAAUCCGGAAUUGACGACUGUUCGCUUUCGCUAUCAUGCUGACAAAGUUGCAAAAGGACCAGUUCCACGCCGUCACGGCUAUGAAGAAAAACUUUUCCAAAGUGGUCUUUUACCCAGAAAAGUGUCAGUAGAUAAAGCCCUUCCAAUGCCAACUUACAAACCCAAAAAUAGUUGGAAUGAAAAGAGAGCUCUCUUUGGUCAGAAUGACUAUAUUGAUAUCCUCGGACCAUCAAAUGAAAUAUCUCAAAAAACACUCCAUCCUACACAGUUGCUGUACCAUGUACCUCCAUGGCUUAGAGGAGUGCAAGGAAAUGAAUAUCAAGUUCUUCUGCGCAGAAGAAAAUUUGUGCAGAAGAAGGGUUACGCCCUAGGUCAUCCAACAAAGUGGGCCACUUUGAACACAAGGAUCAAGAAGCUGUAUACAUAUUUGAACCAUAAAACUAAGUCACCUUUCUGGAAACAUUCUUAGCAAAUUUGAUGUUAAAUGCAGAAAAGUAUAACAAGAAUUAAUUAAUAAUCAGUUUUUAUAAAAUCAA